CUCUGGUCUUCCCCCCCACCAGGAGCACAGGGGCUUGUUGUCGGUGCGGUACCCGAUGGAGCACGGGAUAGUGAAGGACUGGAACGACAUGGAGAGGAUCUGGCAGUACGUUUACUCCAAGGAGCAACUGCAGACGUUCUCCGAGGAGCAUCCUGUACUGCUGACCGAGGCGCCUCUCAACCCCAGCAAGAACAGGGAGAAGGCUGCGGAGAUUUUCUUCGAGACCUUCAACGUUCCCGCUCUCUUCAUCUCCAUGCAGGCGGUCCUUAGCCUGUACGCCACAGGUCGCACCACCGGGGUCGUGUUGGACUCGGGGGACGGCGUGACCCACGUCGUGCCCAUCUACGAGGGCUUCGCCAUCCCGCACUCCAUCAUGCGCGUGGACAUCGCCGGACGAGACGUGUCGCGGUACCUCCGUCUGCUGCUGCGCAAGGAAGGCUACAACUUCAACACCUCGGCAGAGUUCGAGGUCGUCCGCACCAUCAAAGAGAGAGCCUGUUAUCUGUCCCUCAACCCGCAAAAGGACGAGACUUUAGAAACAGAGAAGGCUCAGUACGUUCUCCCCGAUGGAAGCACUUUAAACAUCGGCCCGGCCAGGUUCCGAGCCCCAGAGCUGCUGUUCAGACCCGACCUGAUAGGAGACGAGAGCUCGGGGAUCCACGAGGUUCUGGCCUACGCCAUCCAGAAGUCUGACAUGGACCUCAGACGCACGCUGUACUCCACCAUAGUAUUGUGUGGGGGGUCGACGCUGAUCAAAGGAUUUGGGGAACGACUACUAACUGAAGUGAAGAAGCUGGCCCCCAAAGACGUGAAGAUCAAGAUCUCUGCCCCCCAGGAGAGGCUGUACUCCACAUGGAUUGGCGGCUCCAUCCUGGCAUCGUUGGACACCUUUAAGAAGAUGUGGGUGUCGAAGCGAGAAUAUGAAGAAGACAGAGCACGUGCCAUCCACAGGAAGACCUUCUAGUAAGGGGGGGCGGCGUCCCGCGAUUGCCCCCCCAGAACUGCCCU